GCCUUGUGCGCGUCGCAAGGAAAUAACGUCAACCCCUAGCGCAUAGGAGCCUGUCUGUGGGACAGCUGUCCCGGCGUUGUUCCGACAUGUCUCACCUGCCGAUGAAACUCCUGCGCAAGAAGAUCGAGAAGCGGAACCUCAAACUGCGGCAGCGAAACUUAAAGCUACGGGGUGCCUUGGAUGUGAGCCUGUCAGAAACUCAGAAUGGAGCUGUUGCUGAAGGGACAGUGGAAGGUGGAAAAGUUAAGAAAUCCCUGAAACGGCCUGUGAAAGUGGCCUUGUCAGAAUCCCAGAAUGGAGACAUACCUAAAGAAGAGGUGGAAAAUGUAAAAGUUAAAACUGUUCCCCAGAAAUCCACCAUUUUAGUCAAUGGGGAAGCAGCAAUGCAAUCUCCUAACUCAGAAUCAAAAAAGAAAAAGAAGAAGAAAAAGAGAAAAAUGGUGAAUGAUGCUGGGCCUGAUACCAAAAAAGCCAAAACUGAAAACAAAGAAGAAUUUGAAGAAGAGAAUAAGUCUCCUGAAGAAACAGAAAACAGUGUGGAGAAGCCAGAUGAGAAAGAUGAGAAUGAAGUGCCCAGCCUGCCGCUGGGGCUAACAGGAGCUUUUGAGGAUACUUCAUUUGCUUCUCUCUCUAAUCUUGUCAAUGAAAACACUCUGAAGGCAAUUAAGGAAAUGGGCUUUACAAACAUGACUGAAAUUCAACAUAAAAGUAUCAGACCACUUCUGGAAGGCAGGGAUCUUCUUGCAGCUGCAAAAACAGGCAGUGGCAAAACCUUGGCAUUUCUCAUCCCUGCAGUUGAACUCAUUGUUAAGUUAAAGUUCAUGCCCAGGAACGGAACAGGAGUCCUUAUUCUCUCACCUACUAGAGAGCUGGCCAUGCAGACUUUUGGUGUUCUUAAGGAGCUAAUGACUCACCAUGUUCACACAUACGGGUUGAUAAUGGGUGGCAGUAACAGAUCUGCUGAGGCACAGAAACUUGCUAAUGGAAUCAACAUCAUUGUGGCCACACCAGGCCGUCUCCUGGACCAUAUGCAGAAUACCCCAGGGUUUAUGUAUAAAAACCUUCAGUGUCUGGUUAUUGAUGAGGCUGAUCGGAUCCUGGAUGUUGGCUUUGAAGAGGAAUUAAAGCAAAUUAUUAAACUUCUGCCAAUACGCAGACAGACCAUGCUCUUUUCUGCUACACAAACUCGCAAGGUGGAAGAUUUGGCAAGAAUUUCUCUGAAAAAGGAGCCAUUGUAUGUUGGUGUUGAUGAUGAUAAAGCUAAUGCAACAGUGGAUGGUCUUGAGCAGGGUUAUGUUGUUUGCCCCUCUGAAAAGAGAUUCCUUCUGCUCUUUACAUUCCUUAAAAAGAACCGAAAGAAGAAGCUAAUGGUCUUCUUUUCAUCCUGUAAAUCAGUGAAAUACCACUAUGAGUUGCUGAACUACAUUGAUUUGCCUGUCUUGGCCAUCCAUGGGAGGCAGAAGCAAAACAAGCGCACAACCACAUUUUUCCAGUUCUGCAAUGCAGAUACAGGAAUAUUGCUGUGUACAGACGUGGCAGCAAGAGGGCUUGAUAUUCCAGAAGUUGACUGGAUUGUUCAGUAUGACCCUCCAGACGACCCAAAGGAAUAUAUUCAUCGUGUGGGUAGAACAGCCAGAGGCCUAAAUGGAAGAGGGCAUGCCUUGCUCAUUUUGCGCCCAGAAGAAUUGGGUUUCCUUCGUUACUUGAAGCAAUCCAAGGUUCCAUUAAGUGAAUUCGACUUUUCCUGGUCUAAAAUUUCUGACAUUCAAUCUCAGCUUGAAAAAUUGAUUGAAAAGAACUACUUUCUUCAUAAGUCAGCCCAGGAAGCAUAUAAGUCAUACAUACGAGCUUAUGAUUCCCAUUCUCUGAAACAGAUCUUUAAUGUUAAUAACUUAAAUUUGCCCCAAGUUGCUUUAUCCUUUGGUUUCAAAGUGCCUCCUUUUGUUGACCUGAAUGUGAACAGCAAUGCAGACAAGCGUAAAAAGAGAGGAGGCGGAGGUGGAUUUGGCUACCAGAAAACCAAGAAAGUCGAGAAGUCCAAAAUCUUUAAAAACAUUAGCAAGAAAUCAUCUGAUGGAAGACAGUUUUCUCACUGAAAAGAAACCUUUUUUUAUUUUGAAUAACAUUGUCCUAAAAUGAAUUUUUAUUAUUUUAUUUUUUGCUUUAACAAAGGAAAUUUUUUUAGCCUUUAGAAUUUGGACGGAUCCAACAAAACUGUAUAUUAAUUUGGGUUGCCAGCACUGAGCACUGUAUUUUCCAGCAAGUCUCUUACUUUUGGGAUAGAAAACAUUUUAGUUUUCCUUGAUUGUCCAAGGGGAAGGUGAGGAGUCUUUUUGAUCUUUUUUGUGAUAAUACAGUAUGUUAAAAUAUCCCACCACCCCCAAAUUAACGUUGUCCUUUCAUAUAAUUCUUUUUGUACCUUCUCUUCUUGGUAUAUGAUGAUUUUGUGGCAAGGGUGUUACACUCUCUCACUUGCUGUAAAAGGUGACCUAGUAUACUGGGUGGAUGGUGGUAAUGCAGAAGAGAGACUGUUUAAUUUCAGGUUGUAGUUGUUUCUUGAACCUUCACGUAGUUCUUGACACUUUCUGAAAAUGCUACAGUAUAAAAAGGGCAGGGAACUGAGGGAAUACCUAAGAAGCACCUGAAGUUAAAGGUGGCAUCACUUUCAUAUAUUCCAUAUUUUCAAACAGUGAGCCUUUUCUUGGUUUUUUUUGUUUUGUUUUUUAAGAAAUAUGGGUUAUUUGUCAUUGUUAUUUGAAUACAGUGUCUUGUAGCAGUUUUUAAAAUUUGGAGAGCUGGGGGUUGUGGUUUUGAGCCUCGUUUGUACUGAUAUAAUGUAAUACUGUGCCACUCUUCAUUUGGUAGCUUAGCAAAGGCUUUUUUUAGAAACAGGAUGAUGGUCUUCCUCACUUCCACUUCUCCAUGGUGGUUGAGAUUUUGAUAAGCCCUUCUGACUCUGCAGAGUACUUAGAAGACAAGGCCAGGUAUCAGUGGACUUAAAGCCAAGCCAUCAACAGCACGCACUGUGCAUUAAUAGUAGUAUCUCUGUGAGAAAAAUUACCAGUUGCAGAUCCACAAAACAAAGUAAAUUCACAGUGAAAAUGAAAAAUGAACAGAAUCAGAAAAAUAAAGUGAUUUAGACACAUGGUUUGUAUUUAGGCAGAUGUUUUGGUUGUAGGAACAUUUGAUUUCUAAUGUGUUUUGUGUAGAAUGUGACCACGAAAUAGUUAUGAUUUUUAGCAAUUCAAAGCCAAAGUUGCUGGCAUUAUUUUGCUGUCAUGCUAGUUAAUAUUCAUAGUCUUACAUGUAAGCCCUCUGAGAAAUCAGAAGUAGACGAAAUAGUCUGAUAGGUGACUUCCAGUAAGAAAAGAACAAAAUCCUACCUCUGGGCUUGACUGCUUCUACCCCUGGCUUUCUGCUGAAUUCCUAACUCCUGGCAUUUAAUGACUUUGUCUAGUACCUCCACUUUUCUAAAGCAAUCAUGUUUUUUAAAAUGUACAAAAGCAAGAGGAAGAAUAUUUAAUCAUUUAACAGAAGUAAAUACUGUUGAUAUUUUGGUAUAUAACGUAGUUUUUUGAGUGUAUGUUCAUACUUCAAUUUUUUCUACCAAGAAUUAAGUCAUCCUCUACCUGCUACUUGUAACCAGCUUGUUUCAUAACAUGUUAUUUCCUGUGUCAUUAAAUAAUCACAUCAGUCUUGUAUUUAUGUUAGACUGCUUUGUUAUCUCGUACUUGUUCUUCCAGGAUUUGGGUUCUUAGACACUUGCUUGCCCCAGACUGGCAGUCCCUGUCUUGGCAUGUCUAGUGCACCCCUAUUUUUCUGGUCAUUGUUAACCCCCUAGUAUGAAUCCAGCCUAGAGGUUUUGUGAGGGGAGUACACCAGAAGGUGGAAAGAUUGCUCCUACUGUAAUAACUCAGCUGGUUUCAGGUACUAGAUAGUGCUUUGUGCCUUUCUGGUGGCGGGUGUGGGUGUUAGACUUGGCAAGUGGGAGAGAAGUGGCUUCAGCCAUGCGGGUGGGAGGCAGCAUGAGCAGGGAGCCGCACAGAUUACUGUAUGCAAACAGAAGGCGUUGUGUCCUCUGGGCUGCAAGUGGUGCUUAGUCAUUGCUACAUCUAUGUUGUUUUAGUUUAAGCAGCCAGCUUCAUGUAAAUAAAGCUGAAUUCAAGAUA